GUUAACGCUUGUUUUAAAACCGAGUAAAGAUGGCGCCGCUGUUUUUGGGGAGUUGGCAAUGAUUUGCAAUCGUUCUGGGAAAGUAACUGCUGAGCGGGCAACCUGGCUUCCCCCUCUUUCCUUAAAUGUGACAUUUCGAUCAGACCGGUUUUCAUCUAGUUAAGCAGCUGUGUGGUGUGGUGUGGCUUGGCCCUGCGCUUGCACAGGGGGGGGGGGGAGGCGAUGGCCAUGGCGGUGUUUGAGCUGGUGUGGCGGCUGCUGCACGCCUUGCUGUGGCUGCAGCGGACCCUGGGCGCCUGGCUCCGCCGUGGAAUGUGCGCCUGGGCGCGGUGGAACGCGGCGCUGCUGGCGCGCGGCUCCCAGGACACCCGCAACAAAGGACAGAGCCGCCGCGCGCGCUGGCGGGCAGACGGGCGCGGGCUGAAGAAGCUGCCGCUGCACCUGGGGCUGGUGGUCACCGAGGAAGAGAGCAGCUACACCGACAUCGCCAGCCUGGUGGUCUGGUGCAUGGCCGUGGGCAUCUCCUAUGUUAGCGUCUAUGACAACCAAGGUAUUUUCAAGAGAAACAAUUCCAGGCUUAUGGAGGAAAUCUUAAAACAGCAACAAGAAUUAUUGGGUCUGGAUUCUUCAAAGUAUUCUACUGAUUUUUUAAAUAGUACCAGGAAAGUUGAACAAGUUUUAUGUUGUCCGACCACAGUGAAAGUGCUUUCACCUGAUGAUGGGAAAGCCAAUAUAGUGAAAGCUGCUAAGACGUACUGUCAAUUAGUUGCUCAACAGCAAAGAAGGUCUACUGAUCUAAAUGUUAAUAUCAUGGACAGUUUACUUAGAGAAGGUUCUUCAGGUUUACCUGACCCAGAUCUAGUUUUGAAAUUUGGACCUGUGAGCAGCACACUUGGUUUCCUGCCUUGGCACAUCAGGCUUACUGAGAUUAUAUCAUUGCCUUCUCACAUCAACUUAAAUUAUGAAAGGUUUAUUUCUGCCCUCCAGCAGUUUGCAGCUUGCGAGCAACGAAUGGGAAUAUGACCGAGUCAACAUGGAAUCAGUUCCAGGCUUUAGUCAAAGGGACCUAAAAUAUCCAAUGUUUACAAGCACCUGUGAACUAUGGAAGCCCAGUUCAGUGUCUUUCCGUAGCAACUGAGGAUAAGAACAUGUCUUUGUCCAAAUCUUAGUUGUGUAAAUGUCUGUGAAGGUCAAUCUGUUAUUUAAAAUAAACGAACAAGGUUAUCUUUGACAAUAAUUCAGGCUUUUCUCAAAUGGGACCUUUUAUAUAAAAAUGAAGUUGUGUUCAAAGGAUUAUCAUUGGACUCUUCUUCCUUGGAUGAUAUGGAUGAGUAAUUUAUCUACAAUGCCUUGCACUAAUUGAGUGUACAAUAAAUGUAUAAAUCAUAUUCCUAUUUUAAAGUAACAUUUUAAUGCAACAUGUCAAUAUUUGAUUAAUUUUAGUUAGCCUUCAACAAAAUGUGACCUCUGGUGCACUCUUUAAUUUGUUUAAAAGCAGCACCCCCUUUUCCCACAUGCUUUAAGUGCGUGUAUAAAACAGAGUAUUGUAAUGUCAGAGAUUGCACUAUUCCAUUGUAUCAUUAUGAUAUGGAACUUGGUUUGUACUUGUUCUCUGUGGUGCAAUGGCAAAAUCAUGGGCUAGUUACCAUUCUUACAGAUGUUUUGUAGACCAAUGUGUGAUUCGGUAUUAAAUGCAGGAUAAAACCAAACUAAGGCAAACAAUUGCCCUCUGAAUGUUGUUGCUAUUGAAGCAUGCCUUUAGUCUUCAUUUUACUCUGCUUUUCUCAAUCUUGUGGGACAGAUGUAUCUCCAAUUAGGUGUUGGAUGAGGGGAUCUGUUUGAAUGCCAAAUACUUUAUGUAUAAAAAAAAUGGAUACCUAAGAACUGUAAAAGAGCAAACUGCAAAAAUGAAGUUUGAUGGGUAUGUUAUCCAAUGAAGGGAUGCUGAUUGUAACGGACUCAGUUUUAUUUUUAUAUUGGCAUAUGAAAUAUCCAGAUUUUUGGUAAUGUUUUAAAAUCCUAAAUAAUUCAAAUCUGAACUCUAAAUUUCCAAAUGGUGGAUGCACUGAUAUAGAAACCUGUAAUUUGUCUUAAAUAAUACAGGAUACAUUUGACUGAACAUGCAGGGUCCUAGAUUUGGAGUGUCUUUCCUCUGUUGUGUAAAUGCUAUGUCCGCAUUACUGCUCUACAAGUAGAAAUAUGGCAUUGACCAGAGUAGAAAAGGGAAAUCACAUCUUUGUGCCUCAUCGUAAGAACAGGUAUUCGGAUCUAACGCUGUUGAGAAUGUUAUCAGCACAGGGAAGAAGAGCACAGGACUCCAGAGAUGUACAAAUGUCCUUUUGGCUGUGGCACAACCGUCCAUAAUAUUAUGAAGCAUUAUGCCAUAAUUGAGGGUUAAUUGUCUUUAAUGAGAUGUGUAACAAUCUUGGGAGAUUCUCUUCCUGAUGGAAUCACAAAUUGAAACAAAGAUUAAAUAGAACUAUGAGCAAAUGCAUAUGAUAUUUUUGUUUUGGCCAUUGUAAUUAAAAUUAUUCAAUAGAAAUGUGAAUUGUCAUAUUUAUGAAAUAGCAUUGUCAAAUCUCCUAAAGAGAUGUCCAUCGGGAUAAGUCUGAUGGCAGAAGCAGCCACCAGAAGACAGUGAUUCACAUUGGUUAAUGAGUUAAAGGCUGCUAACUCAGAACACUAUAUUAGCACAGCUGUACUUUUAUCCUUCCUUGGAAAUCCAGUCCAGGUUCCAUGCAAACCGAUGAAUGGAUGGUUUUGAUUUAACUUUUUAAUAUUUCUACCCACAACUCACUAACUUCCACAAAUGUUCCCGUUAAUCUUGCAAAUUAACUUGGUUCUUUUAGUGUCAUAAUGAUUGAGUUCUUCAUUAAAAUUGUAGAGAAGUUUUCACUAAAUCAAGUACAGUGCCAACUGCACCGAAAUCCAGAUGAUAAUCUGCACUGAAUGUACGAGUGACUGAACAUUCUUCUCAAAAUCGAGCACUGAUGGCACAUAUGUUGGUUUUAUUCAAUAUUAAUUUCUGGCUACAUAUACAGUAUAAAACAUUUUACAAAAGCAGGAAUUUAUUAUGUGCAAUACACUGAAAAUAAUGGGGAAAAAAAGUUGAAAAGUGUAUAAACUGCAUCUUAACCACCUAAAUAUUUUUCUAAAUUUAUGAAUACAUCACAUCAAUCUAUUUAAGGUGCCUUUUUUAAUUCAUUGUCAAUGGAUGUUGCCACAACCCAGUAUAUAUUGUAAUUAUCUUAUUGUUCCUUGAUUUUCUGCUUGUUAGAUUGUUUCAGAAGACAUUGUAAGUCAUUGCUAUGGGACGAGUGAAAUGAAAACAUAUUUCAAUAAAUUAAAAGAAGGUGAAAAAUGAGAACAGCAUAUUUAGCAAAACAACUGUUUGAAUAAUAAUCCAAAAGUUAUGGUCAUUGUUACAAAUUGGACAUUUCAGAUUUUUGUUUAAUCUAAAUUUGAAUUUAUUGGUUGUUAUGGUAGGUUUUAAACUUGUCUAGUGAUCCGUAGUCCAGGCUUUUAAUGUCUAAAUUUGUAUAUAAUUUCUGCCCCCACAGCCCAUUGAAGCAAGGUGUGUUAGGUAGAAAACGUUGUAUGCUGGUCAGGCCAAGAAUCGUAAAAUGGGUCAGCAGCACCAUUUAAAGAUGUUGUGACCAGGGCUCAAUAUUUCUAAUUUGAGAAUGUCAUGUUUCUCCUGUUCCGUGUGUGUGUGUACAGAAGACCUAUUUAUUUAUUUGCCGCUGUACUCCACAAUCUGAGAUUUGUAAUAGAAAAAAAUCACAUGUGGUUAAAGUGCACAUUGUCAGAUGUUAAUAAAGGCCAUUUUUAUACAUUUUGGUUUUACAAUGUAGAAAUUACAGCAGUUUAUACAUAGUACCCCCAUUUCAGGGCACCAUAAUGUUUGGGACACAGCAAAGUCAUAUAAAUUAAAGUAGUCAUGUUUAGUAUUUUGUUACAAAUCAUUUGCUUGCAUUGGUUGAUUGCAGUCUGCGAUUCAUGGACAUCACCAGUUGCUAGAUGUCUUCACUGGUGAUGCUCUGCCAGGCCUGUAUUGCAGCCAUCUUUAGCUUAUGCUUGUUUUGGGGGUUAGUCCCCUUCAGUUUUCUCUUCAGCAUAUAAAAGGCAUGCUCAAUUGGGUUCGGAUCGAGUGAUUGACUUGGCCACUCAAGAAUUUACCAUUUUUUAGCUUUGCAAAACUGCUUUGUUGCUUUAGCAGUAUGUUUGGGAUCAUUGUCUUGCUGUAGAAUGAACCGCUAGCCAAUGAGUUUUGAGGCAUUUGUUUGAACUAGAGCAGAUAGGAUGUGUCUAUACACUUCAGAAUUCAUCAUGCUACUACCAUUAGCAGUUGUAUCACCAAUGAAGAUACUGUAAGUGAGGCAUUACCUUCAGCAGCCAUACAUGCCCAGGCCAUAACACUCCCACCACCAUGUUUCACAGAUGAGGUGGUACGCCUUGGAUCUCGGGCAGUUCCUUCUCUCCCCAUACUUUGCUCUUGCCAUCACUCUGACAUAAGUUAAUCUUCAUCUCAACUGUCCACAAGACCUUUUUCCAGAACUGUGGUUGCUCUUUUAAGUACUUCUUGGCAAACUGUAACCCGGCCAUCCUAUAUUUGUUGCAUCUUGCAGUGUAGCCUCUAUUUCUGUUCAUGAAGUGGUCAUUGGCAAAUCUACACCUGACUCCUGAAGGGUGUUUCUGAUCUGUCGGACAGGUGUUUGGGGAUUUUUCUUUAUUAGAGAGAAUUCUUCUGUCACCAGGUGUGGAGGUCUUCCUUAGCCUGCCAGCCCCUUUGCGAUUAGUAAGCUCACCAGUGCUCUCUUCUUAACGAUGUCCCCAACAGUUGAUUUUGGUAAGCCUAAGGUUUGGCUGAUGUCUCUAACAGUUGUAUUCGUGUUUCUGUCUCAUAAUGGCUUCUUUGACUUCAUUGGCACAACUUUGGUCCUCAUGUUGAUAAACAGCAAUAAAAGUUUCCAAAGGUGAUGGAAAGACUGGAGGAAAGACUAGGUGCUGAGAGCUCUCUUGUACCUGCAUUAUGUAUGUGGGAGGUGGGGGGGGGGGGGGGGGGGAGAUAACUAUUUAUAACACCGCUGUAAUUUCUACAUGGUGAAACCAAAAUGUAUAAAAAAUACCCUUUAAUAAAAUCUGACAAUGUGCACUUUAACCACAUGUAAUGUUUUUCUAUUACAAAUCUUAAAUUGUGGAGUACAGAGGCAAAUAAAUAAAUGAUGGGUCUUAGUCCCAAACAUUAUGGAGGGCACUGUAUAUGGAAACCUAAUUACUCUUUGUUUAUUGUGAUAAUUGAUCAGUUUAAUGGCUCACCAGUAGUUUGAGGUUGGGUUCUCUUUAACAGAUGGAUCAAUCCAGAGAAUGGACAUCAACACAAUAAUGAGGACAUAUAUAAAUGUGAAAAUUUUGGAUUUACUUUUCAAGAAUCUUAAUGGACCAGCGUCAGUGAAUAUAAUCAGGCCCAUGAUAAAUUCUGUACUGAAUUCACCCCCAGUACAAUCUAACAAAACCUGAACAUUUCUAUCAUGUUAGGUAAUUUAUUCAAGCUUCACCUUUUCCUCCCAAAGAUGUUUAAUGGAAAAUAAACGGGUGGUGGUGCCAAUUUAC